AUGCCUAUGAAUGAAAUUCGACGGGCACUUGACGACCUCGUGUUAGGCAUAAUGCACAUCGAAGCUGGCAGCUGCAUGUCCCCUAGAAUUAUAUCUGGCACGGAUUCGAUCGACAUGAAAUUGCCAACUAUGAUGUGGGCGCACCUAGGCCGUAGAGGGAAGUCUCCAACUACCUUUUUGCCUGAAGCAUUUAGGUUUUGUGACCCUUAUUUCUCUUCGAGGCAGGGCCGAGAGGUUUAUCGAUGGGCGAAAGCUGGAAAGUUCGAGCAAGUCGAUAAACUUGGGUAUACGGUGGUUGUAUGGGUGCCACCCCCUCAACUACACAUCGUGAAAACACAGCAUCUACAAGGGGUCGCCAGGAGACAGAUAAAGGUCACUUAUCAACCAAAAGAUUCAGUGAGCCAAUGCGAGUACCCAUCGCAUGGUGUCGUCGUUUUCAGCAACUGCACUUCACCAGACGACCUGGAGAAAUCGCAGUGCCAGAAAUGUUUCGUCAACACCUGCAGGGUGGGUCGUCCAGAGAAUUUGGAAUGCAAGAUGGCAUUCUUGCGGUUUCAAGCCUUGGAGAUACUGUUCAACAGUCAGCUGAAGAACCCCAGAAAAUUUACCCGGCAUAUCCACCUUCGUCGAUCUAUUGAAGAUGUCUCUGUUAUGGUUAAUAAUGAUUGGAGGGUGGAGGCUUGUAUCGUUGCGAUCAAUAUAACCAAUUGUCCUGGCAUGCUUGGGUCCCAAGUACAUCAUCCCAAUAAACUGACUGAUCAACAAUGUCUAGAACAUGGCGAAGUCAUGGAGAUGCUCCAGGCGAUAAUACAUAACUUCUCAGUUUUAGUUGGAUGGACAGAGUUGUAUAAGCCAGGGCAUUCAAGUGGGGUAGUGACCUGUGGGGCUGCCAUUAAAUUCUUUUUGGGCAUAUUUGGUGGCAGUGACUUCAAUGAUUUUACAGCACCCAUAACUGUGUACAAAGCGAAGGCUGAUAUAUUGAUGGUUGAGGACCGCCACAGAUGUGCAGUAGGAGAAAAUUAUGAAGUAGCAGAUCCAUUCUGA